CUUUGAUGGGCUUCUUGCGUCGGCCGAGACUUUUUUCUAGAAGACAAUAAUCCCAGCACCCGAGUAACAGUCUCGUAGAAAUCAUGGAUAGAAUCACUACUUGCCGGAGCUGAUAUUUCGUCUACUUUCAAUUUUCCUUCCCUGACGUUGUGUGUCGAGAACAAUACCGAUGAGUUCCCCCAUGGAUACGGGGGUCGUAAAACCCGGCAGAACACCUACACGUCAGACGAAGCCGUCGACCCUCUCUGGCCGUGCACGACCUGUCAAGCACAUCGAGACUUUGCAGCCUGUGUCGACCGUCGAUAGCAACAAUCCUUCAGCCAGCUCAAGUGACUCGACCGUGGCUCGCCCGAAGGACCUCAAGUCCGAAAAGUUCACCCACUUGGCACACGGGGACAGAAGACGACGUCUAGACACUCCUCCGCCUCUACCAUUCGACCUUCGUGACCACAAACUAUCCAUAGGCAUUUUCACCUUACUGGCAUUGGCGGAGUGCUGUUUUCUCCCGAUCGGCCUGUACUAUGGCUUGAUCUAUGGGUCAGAUUUGCGAAUAGGUCUCAUUUUUGCGAUCAUCACCAGCCUUUUCGGAUUUGUGAGUGGUUAUGAAUUUGCCCUGCGAUCCUGGCGCAUCAUGCGGUACGGCGACGAUUUCCGACCAUUGUAUGGCAGCCAAUAUUUCCGAGGAUUCGACGCCACUCAAUAUGUGCUGUUGACACCUUUCACGGUCAUGACCAUCAUCUUGAUCAUCUUCAGUAUUCCCCAUAAUCCAUCGGUCAAGCCAUUGGCACUGCCGAUGCCUGUUGGUAUGAUCAACCUGGGCUUGAUGUUUCUGAUUAAUGGAAUAGCAGCCCAGCGGCGGUGGAGAUUGAUGCAUUUCAGGCUCAGCUCCCACGUCAGAAACACCGUGUGUCCACCACUGACCUUCGUUUUCAUGGAGGAUAUUUGUGCUGUGGAUGGUAAGGGUGGCAAAAAAUACAGGAAAGCAGCUCUAGCAAGGUACAACGCUUCUCCGCGGUUCAGAACCUUGCUCAUGCAAGUGCUUUGGUUUUGGUCAAUUUCCGCAGUGGUGAUUGGAGGAGCUUUGGCGACCGUGAUAUGGUUCGUUAGCGAUCAUGUCGCUUGGAGCCUCGGAUGGGGUGUGCCUACUGUGUGGGCUUUGCUAGGGACCUGGUUGACAAUUCUUUGGGUCCAAAGAGGACUUCGUAUUGAGAAAGUGACCUGGAUACCAGCCCAGGGAAACCGAGUAUAAGAUCCAGACUUUUGUAAAGCUUCGAUAGUGUUCAAG